AUGUACACUACCCACUUUGUGCUUAUGGUCUGUCUCAACGUCGGCGUCGACCCACCGGGCGCCCGCAGGCCCACUCCUUCAGCCAAGCUCGAGUGCUGGAUCGACCCAACGGCGCACAAUCAGAAUGGCACGGCGGUGAAGACUGUCAUCACGCAGCUCAAGAAACAAUAUGCGCAAUGGCAACCGCAUCACAAAAAGUUCAAGCUCGCAGACGAUCCCGUCGCGAAGGAUGUGCGCUCGGCUUGCGGUACAUUGAGAAAACAGGCAAAGGAUGAUCGCGUCUUGUUUCAUUAUAACGGGCAUGGCGUCCCGGAUCCCACUAGCCAGGGCGAGCUCUGGGUAUUUAACAACAACUUCACUCAGUACAUCCCUUUUCCACUUGAUACGUUGUUCAAGCAUCUAGGCAGUCCGGCCAUUCUCGUUUUCGACUGCAACUCUGCUGAACGUAUUGUUGAUCAGUACAAACAGUAUCGAGAUGACAAUCGCAGUGCUUCGCGGCACUCACCGCCGUUCUUGAGCCAUCAAAGUGACAUUAUGCUUGCUGCUUGCAGUGAUGGUGAGCGUCUUCCGCUUACUCCGCAAUUGCCCGCAGAUCUCUUUACUAGCUGCCUCACUACCCCCAUCAAAACCAUACUGCAUUGGUUUGUUCGGCAAACCCUUGUCGCGGGUAUCACUGAUGACAUGGUCGACCGUAUCCCAGGGUCGCUAUCGGAUCGGAGUAGCCCACUCGGCGAGUUAAAUUGGAUAUUUUUGUCUGUCACCGAUGCUAUCGCUUGGAAUCUUCUCCCGCGAGAGGAGUUUUUAAGACUCUAUCGACAGGAUAUGUUCCUUUCCAGCUUACUACGCCAUUAUUUACUUGCAGAACGUGUCAUGCGGUCCUUUGGAUGCCACACGGUGUCUUCUCCGAAAAUUCCAGAGGCGUUUGACCACAACCUGUGGAAGGCGUUUGAUGUUGCCGUUGAGAAGCUGUUUUCUCAGCUUCCCCGGCUCAUUGCUGAGGAAGAAGCAAAGGAAGCCGCUGCCUUCUCUACGUCACAGCACUCCACCGCAACCACACAUGCCCAACCAAGUGGUACCACUCCCCAUGCCAAUGGCCUGCCUCCCUCACGUCCUGGCCGUCCAAGUGGCAGGUCUUCGGCAGCGAUGUUAUCAUCCCCCCAUCAUCACCGUCAUCAUCAUCACCAACGUCAUCGCCACAACCGUCACCGAUCUUCUCCCCACGGAAACCUUCAUAGACCACUAGGUACUCCUUUCGUCAACGAUAUGGGAAGUUCCGGGUCCUUAGAGUCCAUGCAUUCAUCCUAUCGCGGUUCAUACCAACCAUCCACGUUCUUUGCGGACCAGUUAAAAGCCUUCGACGUCUGGCUUGAUAUGGGCCCGGAGCACCGCGGCCCACCAGAACAACUCCCGAUCAUGCUUCAAGUCUUGUUGAGUGACGAAUUGAGAGAGAUAGCCUUGCCGCUCCUUUCAAGAUAUGUGCAAACCGGACCCAUGGCCGUAGAUUAUUUUCUAUCUGUCGGUAUAUUCCCCUACAUAAUCAGACUGACGGAAAGUCGCACCAAGCAUCAGAGACAAGAGCUGGUCUUUAUAUGGAGCAAGAUUUUGGCACUGGACCACUCUUGCACUGAGGAUCUUAUUGAAAUCGAAGGUGAUUCUUUCUUUAUGGACUUUCUAAAGGUCGAUGAGUCACAACAAGAGCCCAAGCCUGUCUAUCUAGCCGUGGCUAUGUUUGUUUUGUCUGUCAUUGCAAGAAAAGAUCCCAAUCGGUGUCGGUUUCUUCAAUCAACGGAUGCAUGCAUUCCGUAUUUACGCCACUCAAAUAGUACCGUGCGACGAUGGGCAUGCCUAAGCAUAAUGACUGUGAUUCGUGUCGCUCCUUAUCAAAUGCAAUCUCAGUUCUUAAGCAGAGACGCGUUACUGGAACCUGUAGAGCAAUGCGCUAUGAACGACGCAUCCCCAGACGUGCGGGCGUCUGCCACUGAAUUAUUGUCUACACUGAUGGGGCAGAUACUGCGACAUAAUUCUCCAUACUAUUUUGACGAUAGGGGGGCUUCGUCGCAAGGCUCGAAGACUGAUUAUUUCCUGAACCCAGUGAAAACGGACAUGACACCCAUCCAUAUGAGUAAUUCUACACCCGCUGUUGAUUUGCCCCUAAUAGGAGUCGAGGGAAGGAGGAAUGGUUCGCGAACUAAGACGGCAGCUGAAGUUGUCAUGGAAAAUACUAUACACACACCGUUAGUUCAAACAGAAUUUCUGAGUGCCCCUGUACCGCCGUACACCGCUUGUGAACGAAAUGCCCUUCUCUUGCUUGGAAGAAAAAUAGCAGAUAUUGCGAGAAGAGAUUCGUGCGUGGUUGUGCGAAGAGAAGUCUCUACCGCAAUUGCUCAGGCAGUCCGCUCGCAGAUUGACCGGUUUCUCUGUGCUGCAUACGUCACAGAUGUUCUAGGUACGAAUGAAGCCUGGGAAGAAUUCCGUUCCGACGAUGAACAGAGGUGUUCAGCAGUGUAUCGACAAUUGUGGAUGACUUUAUCGGAGUUGGCGAAUGACCCUCAUCCGAUUGUAGCAGCACUAGCGCGCCGGAGCUAUGAUUUGAUAUCCGAACUUUUGCUCGAACGAGCAGGGCCAUUGCGCAGGACGGAUAGUUCAAGCCAAUCACAAGACGAUAUUCUAGGGGCAGAUCACAUUUUUUCCCCUUCUUCUUGUCGGAAUAGCAACUUCUUGACUUCCGCGUCAUCUUUACAAGGUGGGAGAUCUGGCAUUGAACGGACACCUUCUGCUGCCGUUGGAGAAUGUCCGGGAGGUUCGUCAUCUGCGCGCUCAUCCAGCGCAAGCCCAAGAAUUGGAUUGCAAGGCGAAUCCAACACAGGACAGGAAUCACGGAUUCCAUUAGUCAAUGGUACUUUUAAGGAAGGGAGCACACCGCCUCUGGUAGGGGGCUCUCAGGGCAGGAUAUCUCAAAGCCCCUCCAUUCGAGCGUGUCCCCGAGGUAUGAGACGAUCGUUCCCACAACGUCCUUUUGAUGUUCAGGGGGGGAGUGUUCAUGUGCGCAGCACGAGCGGCAGUUUCGAUUUGAAUGCGUCAAGUCGCCUCCCGCUAAUGACGGCCAUGCCCCGAGUCAAUAGCGCAAGCCUCAUUCCCCCUACUUCACUCCGGCGAAGGCUCCCAACAGUUGCUUCCACCCAAGAUUUUGCUUCGAGUAGGUUUGAACGGGGUACUAGUGAAACUGAAGAAAGACCGCGGUCUCUUCCUACAUCCGUUCCUCAUAUCGCUAUAGCCGUGGGGAGGUUUUUUAGGCAGUUCACUGAACCAAUACAACGGCCCGGAGGAGAACCCACAUCAAACCUGCCGCAUUCUUUCGGAAGCAACGCCAGUUCUACAGGUGGUAAAGAAGACGGCAAGGGCACAUCGUCAAGCUCACAUUCUCCGCCCGGGGUGCCAAGACGUAGCAUUUCCUACCAAGUUCUAAAUGCGGAAACUGCCUUGAAUUCAAGUACGGAAAUUCCCAUUGCAGCAUCUGGCAGGCCCUCCUUCUUUGCAUCCGCCACUCACGAAGGUUCAAGUGAGAGCUUGCCAAAGUUAGUGAAGAUUCCUGAAGGCUACGAUCGAUUAUAUUUAUCACAAGGUGGAGACGCGGCCCUGUCGCUUCUUGAAUGGAGCAGUGCGUCAGUUGCUCGACUUGAAUUUGACGCCACGCAGAUUGACAACUCGCAACAGAAGGAAAGUGUACCGCGAUAUGCUGCUUUGUGGGACAAAUUCCUCAAGUCAAGCGGUAAUAUCCCCUCUGAAGGACUCCGUGCAUUCGCAUUACUUGGCGAAGGGCAAAACGGGAUGGGGGGUGGUAGCUGCGGUCAAGAGAACGGAAAUGGUCAGGGUUAUCAGUUUCAAGAAAUAUCUUCACAUGUCAUGACUAUCAGUGGUGGUGCAGUAACUUCAAUCGCGUUCUUGCCACGAGAUGUUGGAAUAGGGGAGGAACAAUUGAUUGCGAGUGGGGAUAACCAGGGGUUCGUCGGUAUCUACGACAUACAAAAUGGAAGGCUUCAUGCGAAAAUGGCAGUCCCUCAUCCACCCGGAAUUCCCCCCGUAGGAGUCAGUGCUGUCCUGUGUUUGAAUCGCCCAUCCCCUGCUGCUAUGGAUAGUUAUCCUUCUUUCGGCAACAGUCGCUCUGCUCUCAUUCUGGCCGGUGCAUAUGAUGGACGGGUGGCGAUUUUCAAAUCUGAACCUCAUGGGCCAAAAUAUCGAGUCAUGAGUACGUUCCAGAGCUCAGGACAAUCAUACUGGAGCAAAGUUGGAACUAUAAGGGAGCCCGAAAAAAAACCGAAACGACAUGACGUUAUGGGAGGAACGUAUCACUCAUCGGACAGUAUGGAAUCGCUAGACUCCUAUGACAUGACUUUUGCGAAAACCGUGAAAGACUCAGGCAACGGGCUUGUUCUCGCUUUUGAUUCCGAAUCCUCCUACCUGGUAGCUGGAGGUUGUGAUGGGGAAGCUGUCCGUGUUUGGGAUCUUGCGAGGGAGUAUUGUAUCUGGGAAGGUGCAGGUGUAGCAACCGGAACGUGGCCCACCGCAGUGACGAUGUGGGGUAGAAUUAAUCCGAAAGUGUUUGUCACGGGUUCAUCAGACGGGACUAUAAGCAUUAUCGACAUACGGAGCGGGCCUGCUUUUGCGGGACCCCCCGUCCAGCUAACGCAUUUCGGUGAACAAAAGCACCCCAUCAUUUCUCUUGGCACGUACUCACCUUUCAGUGGCUCUCCCUGUGAGACUGUAGUCUCUGCAGACAUAGGAGGGGAAAUUGCGUUUUGGGACUCGCGGCUGUCAAGGAACAGUCCUGCUCCACUAGCAAUGGAAACCCCACCUAGUUUGAGCCACAUCAAAGCGCACAGAAACAACCUUACGUGCAUGUCCGUUCACCCUGCAGGAACCCUCAUUGCGUCCGGGUCAACUGCUAGGUGUGUAAAGAUCUUUGGCCCAAACCGGGCUAUGCUAAAGAUGAUGUCUGCUCAUGACCGAGAUUCUGGGCAUGAUCUCACUGGUGAUGAUCCUCUUGUGCCCCCUGUUACAUGCCUCAGCUUUCAACCAGAUUCCAAUAUGCUUGCCAUCGGGUCAUUGGAAAGCACGGUCAUGGUGUAUGGACAACCAGAUACAUUUCCGGGAGUAUAUGCACAAGAAGACGAGAUUCAACAAGCGAAGCGGGCUGUAUUAUCUGAGUAUGGGAACUGA